CGAUGUUAGGUCUAUGGUUUGAAAUUUGACAUACUUCACAAGACGAUUCAGAAUUUGCGAAAGAUGUUAAGAGGAGAAGAAGAAGCCGAACCGGAGGCGGCACCGGGCGAGGAUGCCCUCUACAAACACUUCCUCCUGCAAGGGGUCAUAGUUCCCAAGAUCCUCACCUUCGACGAAGCCUCCAAGUGUCUCAGCAACCUCGGCAAAGAUGAGAGUGGCGUCCGUUACGCCUACCUGAUGCUUUCCGCGACCGACAUGAAGCUGACUGACAUUUCAAAAAUAACUUGUUUCAAGCACGUGCUCUUCGUCGAUGUUAGCGGCAACUUCCUCGAGCUGGACGCCCUGCAGAUCCUGUGCGAGAUGCCGUUUCUCAUCCUUCUCAGAGCGGAGAGGAACAAGGUGGCCUCGGGAGGCUUGAAUCCUUGCCCCUACCUGCAGGUCCUGGUGCUGAACAAGAAUCAGAUAAACGAGACGGACGAUAUCAGUCAACCGUACCUGGAAACCUUGGAUUUGAGCAACAACGUCAUCUACGAGGCUCGAUUCCAAUCUGACAACCUGAGGGAGCUGAAGCAGUUGGAGAUGGUAGGUAAUCAACUGGUGGAACUGGCUGGAAGUUUUCCAGAAUCCCUGGAGAAGUUGUAUCUAGCCCAAAAUAGGAUCCACAAGAUUGUUACUUCCGAUCUGUCAAAGCUGGUCAACUUGAAAAUCCUGCACCUUCGCGAAAAUAAGCUCCACAAGCUGGACGGUUUCACCGAAGACCUCAAGAACCUAACGUACCUGAACCUGAGAAGGAACAGCGUGAGACAACUGAGGCAAUUGCGGAAACUGAGAUGUUUGCCCAAAUUAGAAACCCUGAUCUUGAUAGAUAACCCCGUGAUGAGUAGAAAAAAAGAAGGCAUGGGCGAGGAAGAGGAAGAAGAAGAGGAAGAGAUGGAGGGGGAAGAAGAGAAGAAGGAUUACGUCAGGAUUUCUAUCUUGGUUAUGCUCCCCAACUUGAAACGGAUAAAUAAGGAAGUCGUGAGUUUGGAAGAAAGGGACGAGGCCUUCUUUAUCGGCGAGGAAAAAAUGCAGGAAAUAAUGGACGAAGAGAGCAGCGACGAAGAGAGUAUUAUUGUCACAACGACGGAAAUUACCACCGAAUAUACGACAGAAACGGAGACUGAAAUCGGUUUGGAGCAGUUAGAGUACGGCGGUUGAUGAAUAAAUUCAAAUUUAUUUUUAAUUUGGUGUUGUACCUUUAGAUCAUAGAAAUAGGUAUACGUUUC